CAAUAUCAGCCUUGUAUUUCUGCUCCCCCUUAUCUUCCUUCCAACUCUUCAUCUCCUAUACACAGCAGGAGUCUCCACAGGGGAAGCCAACCCAACUACCCAAGCCAUGUCAAUCAUGGCUUCCUCUUCACUACCAUCCUUCAUUCAAAUCCCAACCUUCUCUCAAAAACUCACUGCCUCUCAAAACAAUCUCCACUUUGCUAUAACAAAAAGAGACAAAGAAUUAUCUUCUUCUCCUUCCCACAACAUUCUUCAAAAAUCACUUCCUUUAGCUGCUUCACUCGCAAUUCUUCUCUGGUCAACACCUGCACAUGCUGGAUUCAUGUCAGGAAUUUCAGGACUAGAAGCUGUUCCUGGUCCUCAGCUUCCUAAGAUUGAUUUCCUCAACAGAAUAAAUGAAGAAAACCAGAAGAGAUAUGCUGAAAAUGAUGCAAGAAUCAAAGAGUCUCCCUUGGUGAAGAAAUUGCUUGAGCAAUCUAAGUUGAAUAAAGAGAAGAAUAGUAAAGAAAUAGAGAACAAGUACUGUUUACGUGGUGCUGAAUGGGGAGUUGGUGAUUGUUCAGCAGAAGGAAUGACAAUAGAGGAGAGGGACAAAUUCAUAGCAAUGUUGAAAGAGAAGGUUGGAGAAAAGUAAUACGGUGCUGCUAGAUCAUAGAAAAGAUAAAAUGUUUCUGAUAAAUUGUUAUCAAAAGGUUGGCAUUAAAGGAAGAAACAGUUUUAGGCUUCUUGCAGAGUUUCAAAAUUUUGUUUUUAAAUUCUAUUUGUUAUACAAUGGACUAUUAUUAUGUACCAUGAUUGUAACAUAAAACACUGCUAUAAAUUUUGUUACUAGUUUAGAUGAUA